AUGCAGGAAAACAAACCGCCAAAGAAAACAAUACAACGAGGGAAGUUUUCAGUGUCAAGGUCUUUCUCCCGUAAGAACGGUGGCCACCAAAGCGAAACCUCGUCUCAUGCGUCGAACUCAUUACGUGAUCGAUUUGCUCUGCCAGAGAAGCAUUCGGAGCAAGCGGAUGAAACAACCAACAAAGCCAUGAUCGCUUUACCGAACCUUCCUUCCAUAUGUGAGUUUAUAAUGUUCUCAAACAACCGGCCAACGACGCAACCUGCAAAGCAGUUGUGGCCGCUCACAAAACUUCCACCCAUGUAUGGUGGCAACACGAGACAACGAAACACAGCUAAUAAUAUGAGAGUCACAAUUAACUCUGCCAAUUAUGGACUAACAGAGCAUAAGAAAGCACUGGCAAACAAAGGACCUGUUACGUGCUCUAAAAAAGACAUCCGCAUGGAAAUAAAGGGCAAAUUGCCUGAAGACUACCGGAAUCCCACGAUCAAAGAGACCGAAAAAAGAAUUUGGCAUUGGUUAAGCGAAUCAGAAGAACACCAACCGGCCUAUAUGCGGCGCGCAUACACUUUUAGAAAAACUAUGGAAUCGAACCAGUCGGAUGACACGCAACGUCAAACAUUUCAACAAAAGUCGACCCUAGCACAAAAAAAUUAA